GAAAUGGCUGCCGAAAACAAGCCGGAAGGACUGAAGAAAAUACGUAAUCCGGAUCGAAUGUACAGAACCGCCGUCGGUUACACCGGCCACGUUCCUCCUAAGAGUGUCAGCGAUGACACAGACAACAACAAUGAACAUGGACAUUUGAAAAUCUACUUGCCCAAGAAGCUUCUGGAAUGCCUUCCCAAAUGCUCCUCCCUGCCCAAGGAGAGACAUCGCUGGAACACCAACGAGGAAAUCGCGGCCUACCUGAUAACAUUUGAGAAGCAUGAAGAGUGGCUGACGACAUCCCCCAAAACCAGGCCGCAGAAUGGCUCUAUGAUCCUCUACAACAGGAAGAAGGUGAAGUACAGAAAAGAUGGCUACUGCUGGAAGAAGAGGAAAGAUGGCAAAACCACACGAGAGGAUCACAUGAAGCUCAAAGUGCAGGGAGUCGAGUGUCUGUACGGCUGCUAUGUCCACUCCUCCAUCAUCCCCACAUUUCACCGCCGCUGCUACUGGCUGCUUCAGUGGUAA